GCGAAAGCUGCCGUCGCUUGUGGCCAGAACCCGUCUUAAAAGAACCCGGGCCAGCAUCCCCAGUCGCGCGCCCUCGGCCCGCGUGCGCUCUCCGAUGCCUGCUCUGGCGGUGGCCCGCGCGGCCCGCCCGCUGGGGGUGCCGGAGGGGGCGGGGGAGGAGGAGGAGGCGGUGUGAUGGCCCUGGACGGCGAGCUGGGGGAGCAAGAGGAGGAGAAGAAAAAGAAGAAGAAAAAGAAGAGGAAGAAGAAGAAGGAGGAGGAGGAGGAGGAGGGGGCCGAGAAGAGCAGCUCACCCUUCGCGGCCAGGAUGGGGGAAGACGACGCCGCGCUUCGGCCUGGCGGCAGGGGGCUCUCCGACCCGUGGGCAGACUCAGUGGGAGUGCGACCCCGCACCACGGAGCGCCACAUCGCGGUACACAAGCGGCUUGUGCUAGCCUUCGCCGUGUCCCUCGUGGCACUGCUUGCGGUCACCAUGCUCGCCGUGCUGCUCAGCCUGCGCUUCGACGAGUGCGGGGCGAGUGCCACGCCAGGCGCCGAAGGUGGCCCCGCAGGCUUUCCGGAGCGCGGCGGCAACGGGAGCCUCCCCGGAUCGGCCCGGCGCAACCACCACGCAGGCGGGGACUCCUUGCAGCCUGAGGCGGGUGGGGUGGCCAGUCCGGGGACCCCGUCGGCCCAGCAGCCGUCGGAGGAGGAGCGGGAGCCGUGGCAGCCGUGGACGCAGCUGCGCCUGUCCGGCCACCUGAAGCCGCUGCACUACAAUCUGAUGCUCACCGCCUUCAUGGAGAACUUCACCUUCUCCGGGGAGGUCAACGUGGAGAUCGCGUGCCGGAACGCCACCCGCUACGUAGUGCUGCACGCUUCCCGAGUGGCGGUGGAGAAAGUGCAGCUGGCUGAGGACAGGGCGUUUGGGGCUGUCCCUGUGGCCGGUUUUUUCCUCUACCCGCAAACCCAGGUCUUAGUGGUGGUGCUGAAUAGGACACUGGACGCGCAGAGGAAUUACAAUCUGAAGAUUAUCUACAACGCGCUCAUCGAGAAUGAGCUCCUGGGCUUCUUCCGCAGCUCCUAUGUGCUCCACGGGGAGAGAAGAUUCCUUGGUGUUACUCAGUUUUCGCCUACACAUGCCAGAAAGGCAUUUCCUUGUUUUGAUGAGCCAAUCUACAAGGCUACUUUCAAAAUCAGCAUCAAGCAUCAAGCAACCUAUUUGUCUUUAUCUAAUAUGCCAGUGGAAACUUCCGUGUUUGAGGAAGAUGGAUGGGUUACGGAUCACUUUUCACAGACCCCUCUCAUGUCCACAUAUUAUUUAGCCUGGGCAAUUUGCAACUUCACAUACAGAGAAACUACCACCAAGAGUGGGGUUAUAGUACGAUUAUAUGCAAGACCUGAUGCUAUCAGAAGAGGAUCCGGGGACUAUGCUCUCCAUAUAACAAAGAGAUUAAUAGAAUUUUAUGAAGACUACUUUAAAGUGCCCUAUUCCUUGCCAAAACUAGAUCUUUUAGCUGUGCCUAAGCAUCCGUAUGCUGCUAUGGAGAACUGGGGACUAAGUAUUUUUGUGGAACAAAGAAUACUGCUGGAUCCCAGUGUUUCAUCUAUUUCUUAUUUGCUGGAUGUCACCAUGGUCAUUGUUCAUGAGAUAUGUCACCAGUGGUUUGGUGACCUUGUGACGCCUGUGUGGUGGGAAGACGUGUGGCUGAAGGAAGGGUUUGCUCACUACUUCGAAUUUGUUGGUACAGACUACCUCUAUCCUGGCUGGAACAUGGAAAAACAGAGGUUUCUGACCGAUGUUCUGCAUGAAGUGAUGCUGCUGGACGGCUUGGUCAGUUCCCAUCCAGUAUCACAAGAAGUGCUGCAGGCAACAGAUAUUGACAGGGUGUUUGACUGGAUCGCAUAUAAAAAGGGUGCUGCUUUAAUAAGAAUGCUGGCUAAUUUUAUGGGCCAUUCAGUUUUCCAGAGGGGUUUGCAAGAUUAUUUAGCCAUUCAUAAGUAUGGCAAUGCAGCCAGAAAUGAUCUCUGGAAUACAUUAUCGGAGGCUUUAAAAAGAAAUGGGAAAUAUGUAAAUAUACAAGAAGUAAUGGAUCAGUGGACACUCCAGAUGGGUUAUCCUGUUAUCACCAUCUUGGGAAACACAACAGCAGAAAAUAGAAUAAUAAUUACCCAACAACAUUUUAUCUAUGAUAUCAGUGCUAAAACUAAAGCACUUAAACUUCAAAAUAGCAGUUACCUGUGGCAGAUUCCAUUAACUAUUGUGGUAGGAAAUAGAAGCCAUGUGUCUUCAGAAGCAAUUAUUUGGGUGUCGAACAAAUCAGAGCACCACAGAAUAACCUAUUUGGACAAAGGAAGCUGGCUCCUGGGGAACAUCAAUCAAACUGGCUAUUUUAGAGUCAACUAUGACCUAAGGAACUGGAGAUUAUUAAUUGAUCAAUUAAUCCGGAAUCAUGAGGUUCUUUCUGUGAGUAACCGAGCGGGCUUGAUCGAUGAUGCCUUCAGCCUAGCCAGGGCUGGCUAUUUGCCUCAGAAUAUUCCUCUGGAGAUUAUCAGAUACCUGUCUGAGGAGAAGGAUUUUCUUCCAUGGCAUGCUGCCAGCCGAGCUCUUUAUCCACUAGAUAAAUUACUGGACCGCAUGGAAAACUACAACGUUUUCAAUGAAUAUAUUUUAAAGCAAGUUGCAACAACGUAUAUCAAGCUUGGGUGGCCAAAAAAUAAUUUUAAUGGAUCUCUUGUUCAAGCAUCCUACCAACAUGAAGAACUACGUAGAGAAGUUAUAAUGCUGGCCUGCAGUUUUGGCAACAAGCACUGUCACCAACAGGCAUCAACUCUUAUUUCAGAUUGGAUUUCCAGCAACAGGAACAGAAUACCACUAAAUGUUAGAGACAUCGUAUACUGUACAGGAGUGUCACUACUGGAUGAGGAUGUCUGGGAAUUCAUAUGGAUGAAAUUCCAUUCCACCACAGCAGUUUCUGAGAAGAAAAUAUUAUUGGAAGCCUUAACUUGCAGUGAUGACAGGAAUUUAUUAAAUAGGCUUCUAAAUCUGUCACUGAAUUCUGAGGUGGUGCUGGAUCAAGAUGCAAUUGAUGUCAUAAUCCAUGUAGCUCGAAAUCCACAUGGCCGAGACCUUGCCUGGAAGUUUUUCAGAGAUAAAUGGAAGAUACUAAAUACCAGGUACGGAGAAGCAUUGUUUAUGAAUUCCAAACUUAUCAGUGGUGUUACAGAAUUUCUUAAUACUGAAGGUGAACUCAAAGAGCUCAAGAACUUCAUGAAGAACUAUGAUGGGGUAGCUGCUGCUUCUUUCUCAAGAGCUGUGGAAACUGUCGAAGCCAAUGUACGCUGGAAAAUGCUUUACCAAGAUGAGCUUUUCCAAUGGUUAGGAAAAGCUCUAAGACACUAAUAUAUGUAUCUUAUAAACAAUUCAACUUGAAUUUUAUGAGAAGACACGUUUUUUGUGGAAUGAGGAAAAUGUACUACAUGGAAAAUGGCCAGAUUUUCAGUGUUAACAUGUGGGAGGAAUUUUUUUUUUUCUUUAGUUUUUAGUUUUUGGUUUUGGGGGAUUUUUUUUUUUUUCAUUCAUUCUGUUUGGUUUCUCUACUGGGUGUUCCUCUCUAAAGAAACUCUUGCAAGUGAAACUAGCCAUGAUUGCUUCAGCUGUACAUUCCUUGCUGUACAGGACCAAAUAUGAUAGUGAUGCAUGUUGAUGUUACAGUCAAUUUGGAAAAACAUAUUCAGAAUAUUCUCUGCAUGGAUAUAUGGUCCUGCCUGUGUUCCAGCAUGCUUAUUUCAAAUGUCCAAUGUUGUGUGUGAAUAUAUGUUACAUCCAGGGUGGGCAUUAUGCAAAAGCACAAAGAUUAUAUAUGACAAUCAGUGUUGCAAUGAAAGAAAAACUAAAAGCAGAAAUGAUAUUCUCAAUUUUGGGCAAUGUGAGAAGUAAAAUAGCCCUUGAAGUGAUGAACAUCACUUAUUUCAGCACUUGGAUUGUCUGGCAAUGAUUACUGUGUUGCUAACUCAUUUUCUUUGAGUUAAAGCUGUGUAUACUUUUUAAAAGGCAUAUAGAUAGUGUAUGCAUAUGUAUAUGUACAUAGGGAAGCCCCAUAUGUAUAUAGUAUGUUGUACACUGCACAUGUACAAAGAAUGUCUUCAGAUCAAAGAAAAUUUAUCUCUUUUUAUAAACUUAAGGACAGUUGCAAAAGGCUUCAAGGAAUUUAUCUCAACAUUAUUCUUUCUAUGUCCUGACUAAAUUUCUCAACUGUUAUGAAUUUUUCAUCUACUUCUUGAACAGUGGUCUAUUCUACUACAUGAAGAUGAAUACAAACAAAAUUUUUGUAUAAACUAACCACUCUUCCAGUUCUCCUGUGACAGUCUUACAUAUAGAUUCUGCCAUCAUUUUUGUCAAAGUUCCUUUUGCAUGAAACAAUUACGUAAACUUAUAAUUAUUAGUGCUGAAAAACAGUUUAUUUUCCAUCUUGUUUUCCUACCUUAUGUUGAGUAGUCCAGAGAGUUAAAAAUUCUCUGAGUGUUGGUUUUUAAGUCUGUUUUGCUCUAAUCCUCCAUUAAGCAAGCAUACCUCAAGUGGGUCUAUUAGCAUUUAAUGACCUUUUAUGCCAGUUGUGCCAUCCCUUAAGAUGCAAAGUUCCUUUUCUUGUGUUAAUGUGCAAAGCUUUUCUUUUGGCACUGACAACUGUGUUCUACCUGGGAAUUUUGAAUAGCCAUUUUCAUGGCUGUGUGUUAUGUAACACAAAUGUUUUUAAAUGGUAUUCUCACCCAGUAGGCCAGCUCGCCAAACAUUGCUUAGAUGCUUCAAAAUUAGCAUAUUUUAAGUUUACCAGUAUACAAUACCAGUGCAACUACUCUACAUAGCCAAAUGUUUGUAAAUCACUUCUUAUUUUCCUGAGGUUUUUCACUCCUCCAAAUCUUACAAAUCAUUGAAAGAAAUAUAUUCUAACAGUACUCACUGAAUAGUGAAAAUAAUUAGACAUUUUAGAAAUCAGAGCCAUAGAAUUAUUUUAAAUUAGUAGAAAAGAGGAGCUAUUUCCUAAUCUAUAAAGUACCACCUAAAAUUGAAUUUUAUCAUAUAAGCAAAUAAUACCUAUUAGUCAUAUCUAAAUUUUUCAGCACUUCAUUCAAUUAAAAUACAUGAAUUUUAAAUAUUUUACAUGAUGUGAAUAGGCAUGAUAAUACUUAGUAUAAAAUCUAAACAUUUUCCAUUUAUCAGAAAUGAUAAAAUCCAGUUACUACAUAUCACAUUUACAAAAUCCUUAAUUAAAUGGGUAACUUCUAAAACGUAACAGUAAUAAGUAUCACACUGCAAUGCAGGUCCCAAAUAUGUGCUAUGUCACCACUGAAUCUAUGUAAUAGAUAAGAAAAAAUUAUAGGUGGAUGUCUUGCUUUGUGUCAUGAAUUACUAAAACCUCUUAGUAGUUGUGGUAUAUUUUUGAGUAAAAUUACUAUUUCCAGAUUUGAGUUUGAAGGGCUUUUAUAGUUGUAUUUUCCUCCCCACUGUUAAUAAUCAUAAUCCUUUUUCAGUAUUUUAGUGGCCUUGAACAACUGGUUUAUCUACAAUCUCAAAUCCUAACUGUAUAAUUAUGUGCAAUGUUCAAUACCUCAUAUAAUACUUGUUCAACAGUAUAGUGGUAUCAGUGGCAUUAAGAUGGUGUUUUUGUUCUACAUAUUUUUCAAUAAUUUAUUCUUUCUAAUGUUGAAACUAUAACAGGCUUUACCGGUUUUUUUAGUUGUUUAAAUAAGUAAUAUUUUCAAAAUAAUAAAAUAACCAAUGAUAUCUCUUGGAAUAAUCUGUAAAAUGUAGUUAUAAAAUUCUAUUUUCUACUUA